UCGAUCUGGAUCCGGGGUAAAAAAACAAAUUGAGGACAGCCACCCUCGAAUCGAAGAAUUCUUACGUACUGGUUUUCUUCCCCCUUUGCGCUUCUGAGUCUGGGUCACAUCUUGCAUCAGAAUCUCCCCCUCGGCCUCAGGUGUUGACACCGCCGAGCUGAUCGAGCCUUCAGGCAACGGCUCGGUCUUGGGGACAACCGGCUCGGUGGCCGGGUUGUCAUUUUGUGUGGAAUUGCUCGUCUCAACCAUGGAGACCAUUGGAUUUGGCUAUGUAUGGAGGAAAGGGGGGAUGGGAAUUUAGCCUUGUUCUUUUCUUUGUUUGCUGGCCGUCUUGUUGCCUGUCCGGGUUGCCCAAAGACAGGUCGGUUAUGGGAAUCCCCCCUUGCGUGCUCGGUAGAUGGAGAAUGACGCACCCAACAAGAAAUCCGGGGGCGUGGGAUAUUAUAAAAUUAGCAAGGAAAAGAAAAAGGGAACCAAAACCAGAAAAAAGGAAAAGGCAGAUGACGACGGCCGGGAUCGAAUAUCAAAAGCCUCUUCUUUCCUCUCUGUCGUCUUUCUCUCUCUCGCUCUCCCAAAAGACCGGGCUAACAAAAAGCGGACUUAAUUUCCCCCUCACACAAAAUAGACGCGGUGAACGAUCGCAAAAGACAAAUGGUAAUAGGAAUACAACAACAGGUAAAAAAGUUAGCCGGCGGGGUAUGGAAUCUGAUAAUUCAGACGCAGGAAACGCGCGGCUGGGCGGCAGAAAGGGACGUGCGAGGGCUGGCAGAGGGUCGCAAGGAGGCCAGCGGAAGAGGUGACAUAAAGGAAAUUGAUGAUGGAAUACCCAGAUAGCCAGCAGGUUCGGGGGGGAAGUAGGAGAGAAGCGCGAAGGACAGUAAGAGGGGAUGGGUGGGAAGGUGAGAGUGGGAAAGAUGUGAGGUAAA